UCAGUCGCCAAAAGCUUUCUGGAAGUGGAUGCAGUGACUUUGGAAAUUUUUCAAAAGGUGAAUAAGACCAAGCUGCAGGAGUUAGCAGACAAGCUGGGUUUGGAGCUGGUUCCUUCUGUGAGGAAGGGAGAGAUAACUUCAGCAGUAGCUCAGCAUUUAAACUUGCUGGAAACACCACCAGAAUCUGUAGAGAUGGUAAAAAUUUAAUUGCAAAUGAAGCAGCUUGAGUUAGAGGCAAGAGGUAAGGAAAGGUCAGCAGAAAUGAAACAGUUUGAGUUACAGUUAAAAGCAGAAGAGAAAGAAAAAUAGAGCUUUUGAACUCCAGAAAUUGACCCUUACUUGUGAAAUUCUCUAGCACAGGAAGAGUUGAAGCCUAAACAUCAAAUAUUUUCAAGAAAGAGUUAGCUAUAGUUCUUAGGACUAAAUGGCUUGAAAGUGGGAAAUGUGACAGAUUGAAAACAAUAGCCUCAGUUUUUCCAAUAGUUAGUUGCAAGAAAUGUUUGCUGAUUUACUAUUAGAUGUUGGACAAACAAUCUGAGAAGUUAUAACAGUGAUGGGGUCAAGAGAGGUGGUGGUAAGGUAAAGCCCAGAGUCAUCACCGUACAUAUGUUAACCAACUUCAGGUGAUGUCACUGAGGGAUAAACAUGCAGAUCAGGCAUGGUAGAUGAUCAAAAAAAACCCUUUGCUUCAACCACAAUUAAUUAUGCGGGUUUCACAGGAACAAAAUACCAUAGGAAGAUGAGAUGCAAGUUCGGCCCCUCAAUCUGGUUCCAAAUGAGUGGGAUAUCAAUGGACCAAAUGAGUUUUCACACAGUUUUUUGAGGUUUCAAUCCUGCUAUGUGAGAUAGAAUUAAAACAGCUGUCAAAAUGUAUGAACACAGAACUAUCAUAGGAGAGCUUUGGGCAGAUAGAUCGAUGAUAUCCAUGAUUUCAGUAUUGCAAAUUCAGCCAUCAAGCUACCUAGAAAAUUGAGAAGAAAUGAGCAAACAACUGGCUUUCAAAAAUGAUUAUCAUUUUUGUUAUGUUCACUCAGGAGAGACAAUCAUUGUUGGUAAGACCAGCAUCUGUUGCCCACCCAUAACUAUCCUUGAGAAAGUGAUGGAGAGCCAACUCCUUAAACUGACAAGACAAUGUGGUGUAGAUCAGCAUAAAAUAUUGUUAGGGAGUGAAUUGUAAGUUGUUCACCCAGCAACACUGAAGGAACAGUGAUGUAUUUGAAAGUCUAGAUAUUUACUGGCUUGGAGGGAAACUUGCAGGUGCUGAUGUGCCCAUAUAUCUGCAGUACUUGUCCUUCCAGAUUUUAGAGGCUGCAUUUUGGAAUUAACUGUGAAAGGAGCCUUGGUGGGUUCUUGCAUUUUAUAGAUGCUACACACUGCUACUGAUAGUGGGGAGAGUGAAUAUUUCACGUAUUGGAAAUGGCUACUGAUCACUCUGGCUGCUGUGUCCUGGAUGAUGUUGAGCUUCUUGAGUUUUGUUCGAGUUGCACUCAUCUAGGCAUGUAAACCAUAUUCCAUGACCCCCAACCUAUGCCUUGGAGAUGGUGGACAGGCACUGGUGAGACAGGAGAAGAGCUGAUUGCUGCAGUAUUUCCAGCUUCUGACCUACACUGUAGAUGCAAUAUUUAUCUGGUUGAUAGAGGUCAGUUUCUAAUCAAUGCGAACACAAAGUAUGCUGAUGGUGGGAGAAAUCAGUCAUUAUAAUGCCAGUGAAUGUUCAAGGCAAAUGGGGUUAGAUUUUCUCUUGGAGAUGAUCAAUGCCUGGCUCUGUGCGACAUGAGUAUUACUCAACUCAAGCAAAUCUUGUCCAAUCUCUUGUGAGGUAUUCUUACAAUAUUGUCUUGGAUUAUUUUUGAUCUGUCAUAUUAAUGUCUGUGUGGAGUCACAUCAUGCUAGACCAAGUAAAGAUAGAAGGUUUUCUUUUCAGAUUCAUUCUCCCAUUCCUGUAAUUUGUUUUUAUUGAGUGAUCAGGGAGGUGAUGGCCUAGCAGUAUUAUUGCUAGGUUCUUAAUUCAGAAACUCAGCUAAUGUUCUAGGGAGCUGCUUUUGAAUCCCACGAGGGCAAAUGAUGGAAUUUGAAUUCAAUAAAAAAAAAGCCAGAAUUAUAAUGACCAUGAAACCAUUGUUGAUUGUCAGAAAACCUAUCUGGCUCAUUAAUGUCCUCCAAGAAAUAAAAUCUGCCUCACCUUGUUUGGCCUUCAUGGGACGUAAGCAACAAGUGAUAAACAGAGCUAAGUGAUGUCACAACCAACAGAUCAGAUCUAAGCCCUGCAGUCUUGCCACAUCCAGUCAUGAAUUGUGAUAAACAAUUAAAAAGCUUACUGGAGGAGUCAGAGCCAAUUUCCAGGCUUGUGAUGACAAGUUGCAAGUAACAUUCACACCAUACAAAUGCCUCGCAAUUACCAUCUCCAUUAAGAGACAAUCUAACCCCUGUCCCUUGAUAUUCAAUGGUGUUACCAUCACUGAAAUCCCUCACUAUUAACAUCCUAGGGUUAUCAUUGACCAGAAAAUCAACUGGACACACCAUACAAAUACAGUGACUAUAACAGCAGGUCAAAGGCUAAGAAUGCUGCAGCCAGUAAAUCAUCUCCUGACUCGCCAAAGCCAGUCCAGCAUUGACAAAGCACAAGCCAGGAAUAUGAUGGAAUACUCCUGAAUUUCUUUCAUUAGUGCAGCUCCAGCAACAUAGAGCUUGACACUAUCCAGGAUAAAGCAGCUCACUUGAUUGGCAUCACAUCCACAAAUGUCCACUUUCUCCCUGACCCUAAAUCUUCCACCAAAGUUCAGUAGCAGCAGUGUGUACCAUUUAUAAGAUGUACUACAGAAAUGCACCAAAGAUGCACUGACAUACCUUUCCAAACCUAUAACCACUUCCAUUUAUAAGGACAAGGGCAGCAUAUACAUGGGGACACCACCUACAAGUUCCUCUCCAAGCUAUUCACCAUCCUGACUUGGAAAUAUAUCACUUUAGUGUCACUGGGUCAAGAUCCUAGAAUUUUCUCCCUCAAGGUGUUGUGAGUAACUACAGCAUAGAACCUACAGUGGUUCAAGAAGGCAGCUCACCACCCCCUUCUCAACAAUAAGUAAAUGCUGGCCAGGCAACAAUGUCCAUGUGCCACAAAAAAAAUUGAAGAGUACAAUAGAUUUUAUAUCUCAUGCAAGAAAUUAAACCAUUAGGAAUUAUUGACAAUUACAGAUGAAUGUUUAACAUAAAUGAAUUUACUCUGCUAUUUUAUUGAUACAUAUUAUCCCAUUUAUUUUGAAUAAGAUUACUUCACUCCGUAUCUUUAUUUUGAGAUACUCCACUAUUAUCUUGAAUUGAUGGUUACACAUGACUUGAACGUUAAAACAUCAGAAGUCUUUUCUCAAUUCAUUUAAGGAGGACAUAGAAAGGGCACUUGUUGGAAACCCGGCCAUCUGGAAUAAAAGCUCUUAGCUGGUGGUUCUGUGGCUCCCUGUGGAAGUGACUAUGUUUAGUCAGGUUGGAAAAUAGUGCAAAAACAUUUUGUCAAUGUAUUGAUCCAUGCAAACUAGCAGAUAUUGGGAUUAUUUUUGUCAAAGCUCCCUGAUAUCGCUUAAGUAAUUAAAGUUCAGGCCAUAGUAACCAGCCUCAAAUAUGGCUGAAGAAUGAGCAAAAUUCCACAGACAAUCUCUCUGCUGAACUUGAGGCAGUGAAGGAACAGCACCUCCAUAUUCAGAAGAUGGAUGUAAGAAGGUCUUCUGGGGAUGAAUUUUUUUUCCAUGUAUCUCUCUACCUCUGCUGAUUUUGGGCUCUUCAGCAUCCAAAAUGGGGACUCCUCCUCUUCCUCCAAAGAUGUGGGAAAUUACAAAAUAAAUUUGCAGAUGUUGUUUAAAACACAGAGUUCCACAAACUGGGCCACAGGUCAGAAAAGCCAAUCAUGUUUCCAACAUCAAAACUUCUAAUGAAUUGAAGCAGUUACUUUAAAUAGGGACUGAUAGUAUCUGGCCUGUGAUCAAUAGACACACAGAAAAGAAAAGUACAAUCAUGAUGUCACUUGGUCUUGUUUCGUGUCUGUAUUAAAUUUGAACUCUGUAGAGCCUGAUAAAAGAUCCCAAGGCAUUUCAAUUGAAGUGGAACAAGUGAUGGAUCCCUGAACAUAGUCAUUUUAGAACGUGAGACAAAGAGAAAUUAACCUGAUGAUCUUGCUUAUUUUUGAAUAUUAUCUAACAAAACUAUACACUCCACAGCUGGAUCAACAUACAUUACAUCAUUUAUUCCAGUUAACUAACUUCAUGGAUGCUUGAGAAGAGUUUGACCAUUACUGCAGAAGUUCUGACAGAUCAGAUCAGCUAUCCACUUCAAGAUCCAGAUCUGCAGAUGACUCCAUACAACCAGUAUCCCAGCAUGCAAUUCUCUCCAAUGGCAGCACCCCAGCCACAAACACAUUAUUCUGCCCACAAUUAUUAUCCGCAGUAUUCAGCUGAAGGGCAUUAUUCACCUAACUCGUAUGAAUUAAACAAAUCACAGUUCCUGGGCCCCAGUGAUGCUGAUACAGGAAUACCUGUAAUGAAAAGACCUCGACUCAAUCAUUCAUCUUUGCGAAUAAAGGGUGAGGAGGAGCUGUGUGUGGUGUGUGGAGACAAAGCCUCUGGGUAUCACUAUAAUGCACUAACCUGUGAAGGAUGCAAAGGAUUCUUCCGCAGGAGUAUCACCAAGAAUGCUGUGUAUAAAUGUAAGACUGGUGGGAAUUGUGAAAUGGAUAUGUACAUGAGGAGGAAAUGUCAGGAAUGUCGACUGAAGAAAUGCAAAGCAGUAGGAAUGCUGGCAGAAUGUUUGCUGACAGAAAUUCAGUGUAAAUCUAAGCGUUUGCGGAAAAACACCAAGCAAGUCAUGGACCUAUUGUGUAACAUAAAGAUGGAAGAAGAAGGAGUUGACAGUAAACAGGUUUCAUCCACAACCAAGGCUGGGAAGAUACAGGAGAGAGUUGAGUUCACACCCGAACAACAACAACUUCUUGAUUAUAUUGUGGAAGCUCAUCACAAAUAUCGAAUACCCCAAGAAGCAGCAAGAAAAUUUUUGCUGGAACUUUCAAAUCCUGUGGAGAAUCUUCUCCGACUGACAGAGAAUGCGACACUUCAUGUUGAAGUAUUAGUGGAGUUUACCAAACGAUUGCCAGGAUUCCAGACAUUAGACCAUGAAGACCAGAUUGCAUUGCUAAAAGGUUCCACUGUGGAAGUCAUGUUCCUUCGGUCUGCGCAACUGUAUAACCAGCGCUUCACACAGAUUAGUCACCAAUUUAUCCAAGACACUGAUCACUAUUCCACAUUCUCUGGGUGCUGUCAUAACCAGUGUUUUGAGGAGCAUGUUCCAGCUGUUAUGAUGGAGCAGUCCCAUCUGGAUGAAGUUUCAAUUAUUGUUCCAAAUUGUGCAUUAGGUACAACUGAAGAAUUUAUAACACCAAUGUUCGACUUCUAUAGAAGUAUGGGAGAAAUGAAUGUGACAGAUACUGAAUAUGCCUUACUUUCUGCAACCACAAUCCUUUUUUCAGAUCGACCCUAUGUAAAGAAUAAACUACAUGUAGAAAAGUUACAGGAGCCUCUUUUGGAGAUUUUAUACAAGUAUUCAAAGAUCCAUCAUCCGGAAAGUCCACAGCGCUUUGCUCGGUUGUUGGGUCGUCUUACUCAACUUAGAACCCUUAACCACAACCAUUCAGAGGUACUGAUGUCAUGGAAGACAAAGGAUCAGAAACUCACACCCUUGCUGUGUGAAAUUUGGGAUGUACAGUGAGGAUCACCAUAGAAUCUGAUAAAUGUUUUCGGACUGGUCAGCUCAACUGCAAGUCAGGCUUUUUUUGUAAAGUCCAAAACCACAGAAAAUGAUUUAAUUUCAUCAGUCUGCAGCUACCAAGUCAGAAUAUGUCAAAGGCAAAUCAAUUGUCAUGGUAGUAAUUACAAUAACUGAAACUUUUGUUUUUAUAUUCAUCUUUGGUUUAUUAUUUGACCAACAGCUCUUAUUUGGUUUCUCACAGACCAUUUGGUCAUUAUAUUUUUAUUUUAUAAAGUACUUGCUCUCAAUGAAUGUGAGACUGACUAUUCGUAAUUAAGUCAUUUUGUAAUUCACAUUCCUGAAAUAAGACCAGGCUCAAAUUUCAUCCUGAGUUGGGUGCACUCAGUUUAGAAUCUUCCUGACUUUAUGAACAUAACUUGGGAGAAAUUACACUGAACUGCUAAAAGCUUGUUCAGGUAGAGGGCUUGUGCACUGGAGUUGGGUCUUGCCACUCCUUUGAACAGUGCGGUGGAAGUUAGGAGUCUGCUGAAGUAGGUUAUGUAAUAAUAACAGUAAUUCUCUAUCUCUCAUCAAUCACACAUGCCCCCUGAGGCUAUAUCAUGCAACUUCAAGUACACCAUCUCCCCAUUACUCUUAUUCCCUCAAAGCCAACUAAUGUCUCUCUAAGAAGCGAUCAUAAUCUCUUACAGUCCCUGUGUCAACUGAGUGCCAACACAUGUCUCCUCACCCACCCUCAUUCAUUGUUCAGUCUUAGACUAUCCAUGACAACUCACUCAGUAUCUAUCAUGACAGUGCUCAGGAACCAUGCUGAAAUGAAAUAAAUAAUGCUUUAAGUAUUUAUAGAGACUUCACUGUCUUAAAGUUGUUGGUACUCAUUACAAGAUAUCCAUCCAAUACAUUUAAAGUUCUUCAAGUACUCAAUCCCUUAUUGUACUAUUUAUAUUCAUAGCCCCCUAUCAAAACAGUGAAUCCCUUUAUGAUCACAUGGAGCUGUCAUUCAAAAUGUGAACCUACAAAAAUCAUAUUAUAAUUAUGACAGGUAGUUGAAGUCAUAAAGCUGUACUAAUACUAUAAUGAUAACCCUUAGCCUUAUGGCAACAAACAGCCAUUGAUAUUGAAAGCACCAAAUCUUCUGAACUUAGAGUCACAGCAGGCUUUUGUUUUCAAAUUUUAUACAGUAGGGGAUUUAAAUAAAUUGAAAAAUUGUCAGUUCCAAAGACUUUUUCCACCUUUCACGCACAUUUGCAUCUACUCUUAAUAAUUGUUAGUCACAUAUUUUGCGCUAUAAAUUCCUCUCGAGCAAAAUUAGGCCUCUUUGAACUCGGCAUUGAAUUCAAAUAAGCCUGCUGGAUUUGAGUUUCCUAUAUGUGUGAAUCACAAUCUGACCCUUUUGCCCUGGCAAAAAUAACAUUUGUCAGGAAUAGGGGCUUGAUUUUCAUUUUGGCUGAGGCAUAAAUUUUCCAUGAAAAUUCAGGUUCAGGAAUUUGCUGGGAAAAUUGCAGAUGAAAACCAGCUGGAAAAGCAACUUUUUAAAAUUUAUUUUAUCCAAAUGUACCAAAUUCCUAAAUGAUCUGUUUUUAAUUUUGACAUGAAUUUCAUAAAAUACUACAAAAUAUAGGAGAUUACAACAUCACCAAACUGCAUUUCAAAUUGUUUCAAUUAUCUGUGAAUGUUUGCAGAAGAGAAUGCAAAAUCUCUUGAAAUGUUAGACAUUAAGAACAUUCAAUAAAAUGUCAUGUUAUACAGUA